AAAAGAAAAGAAAGAGAAUUCAUUUCAAGAAAACCUCGAGCCUCAGAUCCCUCUCCUUCCUCGUCCUCAGUGUCCGCGCUGUUUUUCUCCUGUACAAUCACAACAAGCUAGCAUGGGCGUGCCCGAGACAGACCCUCUAGCUCAAUUGAGUCUACCUCCGGGUUUCCGGUUUUUCCCGACCGACGAGGAGCUUCUGGUUCAGUAUCUCUGCCGGAAGGUGGCCGGCCACCAUUUCUCUCUUCAAAUCAUCGGCGAUAUUGACCUGUACAAAUUUGACCCCUGGGUUCUUCCAAGCAAAGCCAUUUUUGGUGAGAAAGAAUGGUACUUCUUUAGCCCGAGGGAUCGGAAGUACCCGAACGGCUCCCGACCCAACAGGGUUGCCGGGUCUGGGUACUGGAAAGCCACUGGGACCGACAAAAUCAUCACCACCGCUGGUCGAAAGGUUGGAAUAAAGAAAGCUCUCGUUUUCUAUGUUGGAAAAGCACCCAAAGGCACCAAAACCAAUUGGAUCAUGCACGAGUACCGCCUCCUCGAUUCCUCCCGAAAGAGCGGAAGCACCAGGCUCGAUGAUUGGGUUCUAUGUCGGAUAUAUAAGAAGAAUUCGAGCGCCCAGAAGACUGCGCCUAUGGUUCCGAGCAGAGAAUACGAAUACAGUAACGGGUCGUCGUCGUCAUCGUCGUCCCACUUGGACGACGUGCUGGAAUCGUUGCCAGAAAUCGACGACCGGUGCUUCGAGCUGCCACGUGUCAACUCUCUGAAGACGUGGCCGCAGGAGGAGAAGCUGAAUCUUCACAAUCUGAAUGGCGGUAAUAAUUUCGUGGAGUGGGCCAACCCGGCAGUUCUGAACUCGGUGGCGGAGUUCAUUUCCGGGAAUCAAACGCAGACCCCAUCUCAAUCUCAAAGGGUGGUGAAUUAUAGUUCAAUCAGCGACGUGCAGCACGUCCCGUCGAUGCCGCGGCUGACUGUGCCGGAAGAGGAGGUCCAGAGCGGAUUGAGUAAUUCCGGGUUUUAUCAUCAGGGGUUCGAUAACUCAUUGACCGACCCGUAUGGGUUCAGGUACCCGAAUCAGACAACGGGGUUCGGGUUCAGGCAAUGAGAUCCGAAAAGACAAAAAGGGGACAAACUGGCGUAAAUACUUUGGGGAUUCUAGGAGCUAGCUAACGGCUUGGGUUGGCUUUGAGAUUCCAAAAGUAGAAAGUGGGGGGUGAAAAUGCAAUUUUGGUCGUGAUUUCCGGCUAAGACAUUGAAUGGAUGGGGCUUAUUGAGUCCCAGGAAUUUAGUAGUUAGGAUGUGUAAUUAAUUCGUGGGCAGGUUGGCAAUCAGCCACAUGAAUCAUGCUGUGGUUACAUGCAUUUAUGCUAAUUGUGUUUUCAAUGUUAGGUUUCAAUCUUUAUGCUGUA